AUGGCCGCGGCCAUUCCGCAUGUGGCGAGGACUCCACAGAAAAUUUACAGCACAACGAAUUUAACCGAAGAAAAGCAGACAGCUAUUCGGGAUGUCAUACAGACUGAUCUUCCCCCAAACGCUGAAGGUGUUUGUGUAAGGUGCUUUGGGAAGGUUGAGAAAGUGCUGAAGUACCAAAAAGAAAUAAAAGACAUACUGAAAACAUUCGAAAAGAACAUGAAAAGAAACAGGGCCAAAACGCCAGGAUCCUCCACCCGUAAAAAAAGAGGUCGGGCUUCUCCCAAGACACACGAACAAGUGACCAUUCACAGACCAGCUGUUGAGCAUGCCACUGCUACAUGUGUUUCUGAGACUCGCUACAGGCCUAUAAUGCCGCAGCCACCACAAACUGAGGAGAGUUUAAUUCCAAUCAAAGGAUCAUUACAAGGCUGCAAAAGUUUUCCAGAUAUUACGGGCCAUGAUACUUUAGAGAUUGCAGUAGAUGUUCUACGGACAUCAGCUGAGCCUGCCAAGGAGGAUUUUGUCAUAGGUCCAAAACUCGAAGCUACAAAGAAAGUCAGAAGAUCUCUGGGCUUCAGCAAAAUAAUUGAGAAAGACAUAGAUAAUUCUGCUUACACAGGAGAAGUGAAGUUGACAGUGUACUAUCCAAGCCAGACAAAGAAUACCUAUGUCCUACAAGAACACCAUAAAAGAAUAUGUAAGGCAAUUCUACAAGGAGUUAAUGUGGACAAAGUCAUUGUUGAUGAAUUGGUUGCUGAAAACCCCUCACCAGUCAUUGAGGCUGUUGCAGAUAUCCUAAAGCAAGAAAGUCAGAGUAUUUGUAAACAAGGUUCAGGAACUUUAUUGAGAAAGAAAAAUCUUGAUGACUUUCUUUCCUUUAGCUGGGAAUCUCUGAGCAAAGAACUGAGUGUUAGUUGCCCAAAUUUGAUGACCUUAAUGUCUUCAGUUGUGUCUGAUGUGCCAUUACAAAUAGACAGCAAACCAUUCCAGCACAUGCUUGUGUCAGUUGCUGUAGGGCUUCAUGCUCGAAACCAAGAGAUGUCAGUCAUUCAGUACAUCAUUGGCUUUAUACUUACACAUGGAGGCUGCACACUAACGGACAUAGAAAGACUUUCAAACAUAGGCUUAUCAGUCCAUCCAAGAACUGUGCAUAAUCGAUUGACAACCUGGCAUGACAGUCUGGAUAAAGACAUUCUGAGUAUACGUGAUUCUUGGGCAAAUGGAGGAUAUCAAAGAUUUCAGCUUAUUGGUGAUAACUGGGACAAGAACAUUCUCCCAUCUUUUCGAACGUCCCAACAGAAAACUCUUUCCCUUCACCUCUUCAAUGUUAUCGCGGUUGUAGACCGAGUACCAACUCAUCACUUGCAGAGCACACCAGUUCCAUUAACUGAAGAACUAGAUUACUCGAUGUAUAUUCCUUCAGUCGAAGAACAGGACAAACUUCUUCAAGAAUUGACCUUUAUAUUUGCAACCUCUGUGUUGUCAAAUAUGCCUCAACUGGAAGAGCAUUUCCGGCAUGUUUAUCCAGUGCAUCUUGAGCAUAAAUACAGCUCUUACUGUGGAAUGAAAACUACCCAGUUUCCUCUUGGACUGUAUAAAUGCAAUGAAAACAAAACAGCAGAGCUGAUACAGCUGCUAAAAGAUCUAUCAGAGAAAUAUGUGCCUCAGCGUGAUGAAGAAAUAGUGGAGGAGGUUUUUUUUGGAGGAGAUAGAUUGACAGAUGAGCGUGUUCAGUGUGCCCAAGCAGCAAUGAGCAAUGCAGAAACACCUAAGAAAAGGCUCGAGGGAUUCAUAUCAAAAACGGAAGAUUUCCAUCGAUUAAUGAACUUCUUGGAAGCAAUAUACAAAUUGACAUUCUCAACUGAAAGUGCACAAGACAGAGGGACGGUUUACUACUACCGCAAUUUACUUAAUGCAAGAGACGUGAAAGGGAAAGUAAAAAAUGCAUAUCGUCCGCACAAGAUGUUGUACUACACCAUUCUGGAUGCAAUUUGUCUUUUAAUGUUUCUUGAAGAAUUGAAUAUUGAUGUGAAUUCAGAUGUACCCUUGCCUAGCCACUUCAACAACUUGACAAAUGAUGAAAAAAUACAGUGGUUGAAUGAAAUUUGCAGUAAGAUACUGAAGAAAUAUUUCUUUGAUGGCUCAUCAGAUGUUUGUGAACAGUUGCGUGAAAUUACAGGGAAUCCAGAUCAUCCCGAGAACUAUUGGGUACAAAAUUUUGAAGAUGGUCGAAUCCGAUGUCACUUUUGUCCAAAAACAUAUGCUUAUGUAGGCUCGUUAAAAGCUCACGAGAGUAAAGUGCACAAUGUCACCCUAGCAAAACAGUCCAAAGUGUCCAGAAAGAAAGAUACCAAAGCAGAUCAGCUUCAGGACUAUGUUGUUAUGCUCUUCAAGCUUGUGAUGCUGCAUAAGAACCUUGACAGUGCUGUGGACAUGGGAGAUGGUGAAAGAUCUGUAAGAUCAACUAAGUAUGAACUGCCAAUAUACAACAAGACCAAUAAGACAAAAUACAGCAUUGGAUCGAUUCAUCUGACAGCGCUGACAUCUGGCUUACUUCCUGCAAGCCAAGAAGAAAGAUUGAAAGCAAACAGAUUCAUCAAUCUACAAGGUGGUCCAAAUAACAACAUAGCUCUGGAUGAAUUUGUCGAGAUGCAAAAUAGAGACAGCAAAGUAAUUUGCUCAGGGCACCAAACAGAGGACAGUAUUGUCCAGCAUUCGAAAGAGUAUCCACUUCUUAUUAACAUUGCAAAACACUAUGACAUUGUUAGUAGCAUUAAGGGUAAGAAGGGAUUCCAUCAUCUUCCUUCCUACAAACAGGACGUCAGAAAAAUUCUUCAGGAUCUCCAGGAGCUAAACAUUUUAGAACAUACCCCUAAGCGCAUCUUGAAGUGUAAAGGCCUGACCACUGAGAGAAAUCCAUUCAACAAUGCCUAUCAAGGGUUGUCCACCAUGAUUCAUCGCCAUCGACCAUCAUUUCCUUUUCGCCGUCUGCGUGAUCCCCACAUUUAAACUUAUUUAACUUACAUUCCUAAUGCACGAGUUGGCAUGAAUUUUUAUGAACAUUGUAUGAAACAAUGUGCAAAUAGUAUCAAAUGAGAAUCAAAUGUUAAAUUUAGGUGUUUUUCCUUGUCAGAGUAAAGAACCUUUAUGUAAUUGUAUUGGACAUAAUUUAAUAGAUACAAAAUGACUAUAAACAGUGAUUGUUUUUUGCAUAUAUCUUGUCCAUUCAAUUUCCAACACUGAUUUUUGCUCAUGUUAAAAAUUCACAAGGUAAAAUAUUUAGGUUUAAAAACCCUUCAGAAUUUUUUAUAUUCUCUCAAAGCUAAAUAAAACAUUUUUCAAUAUGUUUAUCCUUGUCACAUAUUGCUAUCAAAUACUUGUAUAUAUCAUAUCUCAUUGUUUAUGUACUGCUCAAUUACUGCAAC